GGGAAAAGAAGACGUCAUAGCCAAAUUGUACAAAAGUAAUGCUGCUUAUUGGGCAACAAAAGAAUUUACACCGGAAAUGAUUGACUACGCAUGUGCAGAUGUACGGAUUUUGAUACCCGAGGUGUAUGAGAAAAUGAAAAGCAUACUUGACGAUAAGGAUCUCUGGAGACGUUUCAGGGAAAGGGUAGAUUACGAGCUGAACUUUCGAUGGAACGAAGCAGUGACGUCAGACAGAGAUGAAUUCAUGUCAGUCGUGAAGAAGGUUCUGCGCCAGUUUGAAUCGAAGUACACAAGCGAUACCGCUUUUGCUGAUAUUUCGGAUGAAGAUGAUAUUCAAGCUCUGAGACAGGUCCGAAUCACAGAAAUUGACGAGUUCCCUGUUCGUGUCAGGAGGUUGAAUAUCGAAUUUCUGAAGAACGAGCUGAAGACGAUAGAAGAAGAGAUGACUUCACAAGGGGACUCCUUCAUUGCGACUUUAUCUCACUUGAAUAUGUUAUUUGCAGCAAAGAGAAGCAACAACUUGGAACUGAAGAACUUGGCUCAAAGACUACAGCAAAGAGCUAAUGACAUACUCAAGAAAGACAUGGUCGUCAAAUACACGGAGCUAACUCCAAACGACCAUCUCCAAGAUGAAGAGAGAAGGUUAUUACGAGAUCUCCCUGUCUCAACCGGAACCAGCUCAGCUGUCAACCCCGUCCUCCGCCAUCUUUACAACGUCGUCAUCGACAGCGACGUGGAGGGAAUGGAGACUCUGAGGCAGAAGUUCCAGCGUGAAGGCAGUCGUUUCAGACUUCAGACCUGGGGUUCCUGCCAGGCUUAA